GACCGCGUAGCACGUCCGUCACCCUGACAAUUCUGUCCGACGCGUCACGCCUUAACACACUACAGGGCCCCGCUCGGCUCUCUUUGACUUAUGAAAAUACAUCAGUUUUUGGAACAGUGUAAAUAUUUUGGCCAUGAAAAUCCACGAAUAAGCAGUUCAGUCUAUAGUGUAUACAGUAUAUUGUGAAACUUGAAGUGAAGAGCGCAGCCAUCGUGCCGCAGUGUCCGGCAGUGUCGUGGCCAGACUGUGGUGUGCAAGCAGUGCUCGCGGUGUGGUCGUGUACACCAAGUGGAGUGAUUGUUUAGAACAGACGGUGUGGGCGCGGCCGGUGAUGGGCGGCUGGCCUUGCUAGAGUACCAUGGUGCUGAUGGUCGGGGCCUCAGACAUCACCAUGUUCCCCGCCGCCAACAGGCCGCCGCCGCACUCGGUGGUAGCACAACAGAGCCACGCUGGCUACUUCGGCUACUACCCACAACAAGCGGCGCAUCACCACCAUCACCACCACCCGCACCACCAGUAUGCUCCACCAGAUCUCAACUGCAACUUGCAGCCUUUUAUGGCGGGACAGUUCGGCGACGGUCUGCAGGGAGGUGCGUGGCACAACCCGGCCGCUAUGUACAUGCCGGCGUCUCACCAUUCUGCUGCCGCCGCCCACUGCCAGCAGCGAUCACCCACCGGCUACGAGGAUUGGGUUGGACCUCUGCAUCAUAAUGGGGGUCAUGGGGGCGCCUCACCCUUGCCGCAGCCCUCAGUACUCUCAUCAUCAGCCCCUGGGGGAGUCCAACAACCGCCCCACACCCCGUCGCCGUGUGCCCCCGGCACCACAACACAAACAGGGCCAGGCUCCCCAAACUUCGCACACUAUCAAAAGUUGGCUCCUAUAGCGGGUCCUCCUGAGUUCAGCAGCGACGGGGGCGUCCCAGGGGGCGGCGGAGCCCAGUCACCACACGAUAAUGUCUUAACAUUAGGCGAGGGCGCGGGGGAGGCUGGGUCCUCGCCCAACACCCACGGCCCACCACCACGCCCACAGCAGGUUCGCUCACCGUUUGAAUGGAUGAAGAAGCCGUCAUACCAGGCGCAGCCGAACUCAGAUGGUGCUUACCUGGACAUGGACGGAAUAGCGAUGAAAGGGAAGACGAGGACCAAGGACAAGUACCGGGUGGUGUACAGUGACCACCAGCGCCUCGAGUUAGAGAAGGAGUUCCACUACUCUCGGUACAUAACCAUCAGGAGAAAGUCUGAACUGGCAUCCAUGUUGGGCCUCUCUGAAAGACAGGUGAAAAUAUGGUUCCAGAAUCGACGAGCUAAGGAGAGGAAACAGAUGAAGAAGAGAGAUGAACUACUGCAGAAGGAGAAACUGGAGAGUGUCCAGUACCACGCCCCUACGGUCACGCCCGUCCCGCCCAUGCCGCCCAUGCACGCCCACGUCUCCACCGCCCAGCACCUACCCACCUCUAAGCCCCUUAUGAUGGAUGUGAAACCUGUACUGGGGCUCGAUUGACCCGAGCCUGCCUUUUAUUGGAGCCAGUGACCUUCAUCUGACCUGUGACAACACCCUCCAGGUCAUCUGUGCGGCCUGUGACACCACCUCCACAGUUUACCUCCACACUACCUGUGACAACAAUCCCAGGUUAUAUCUUCGUUCUGUGACAACAUCUCCAGUUUACCAAUAGGACUUGUGACAACACGUCCAGGUUAACUGUAUUGUGCGUGACAACACCUUCAGGCUACCUGAUGGUGGCACUAUUUAGGACUUGGUACCUCCACUUUACACCUGAGCUGUUAUCAGUACACCUGUAACCUGAUGACUCGGAUAUUACCAUGUGUUGAACCUGCUAUGGACCUGAUGUUCAUGAGUCAGUCUUGGACCUGUUAAAAGACCCGAGGUUUAAAUAUCGGUGCUGGACCUGUCGUGGACCUGAUAUGUACGAGAAAUGUUGAACCUGUCGAGUUUUGUGAAAAGAAAAUCGAGUGAAAAGGGGAAAAGGGACCUAAGUGCAGUGUGAGUCGUGUUGACAAAGAAAAAACCAAGACAAAUACCCCGUGAACACAUGAAGUGAACAUAAUUACUGAGACAAAGUUACGAGAACAAAUCAAUACCUUACAUGAAUAGGCAGUGUUUAUACAACAUGUGUCUAGAGGUCAACACGUGUGGUGAAUCCCAUCUCAAAAAGGUUCUAGUUGACGAAGAAAAAAAAAAAUUUCCCAGUUUUUUCUUCAGUAAAGUGACUUUGUUUUCCAUAGGUGUCCCAAGGGUAGGGCUAACUAAUGAAGGAAGACAGAGUUGUGAGGGUGUGGUGACUGUUAACAUACCAUCACAGGUCAAAGGUUAACUCCAAUUAUAAGGCAUCAACCAAAAAAAGGUUGUAAUGAGAGAGAAAAGGGUUUAUUAGUUCAUGUUUAAGGAGUUAGACACACACACACACACACACACACACACACACACACACACACACACACACACACACACACACACCACAUUUACAGUUCUUUUUCCGCGUACAAAACAAUCGCACAUAAUUGAUUCUUAUCCAGUACAGUAAGUAGGCGAAUAUAUUGUUGUAAUUUUAACAUAUACUGUUAAUAAAACUGACUGACGGGUUUAAGAGAAAAGAAAAACAGUUUAGUUGGCAAUUAAACCCUUAAAAAAAACCCCGCUAACUGUUUGGGUUUGGGGUUUUAGUUAGAGCUGUGUUCCUCU